AACUUAUUUGAAGUUAUGUGGGAUGACUCAUGGGAGGGGCACAAUUCAGGUAUUGUCAAACCAGGCAUUUAAACAGUGACAAACUGGAACCGUGCAGUCACACAAUGACUUCGAGGAAGUGGAUGUGCGUUUUGACUCUGGCGAGCCUUUUAUCUGCAGAAUCACAUGCUCAGCUUAAUGUAUGUGGCACUGCUCCCGUCAACACCAGGAUAGUUGGAGGUAAAGACGCUACAGCUGGAAGUUGGCCCUGGCAGGUUAGUCUGCAGGGAUUUGGCAGCCAUGUUUGUGGUGGUUCCCUCAUCAACAGAGAGUGGGUGAUGUCUGCUGCUCACUGCUUCUCCAGUACAAGUAGGUCUGGAUGGCAGGUUUCUCUCGGUCGUCGGAACUUGCAGGGCAAUAACCCAAACGCAGUGUCCAGAACUGUCGCCAGAAUUAUUUUGCAUCCAAACUAUGACCGGAACACCAACAACAACGACAUUGCUCUGCUCAAACUCUCCUCACCGGUCACAUUCACAACCUACAUCAGACCUGUGUGUCUGGCAGCCAGUGACAGUGUGUUCAACAGCGGUACUAAUAGCUGGGUCACUGGCUGGGGCAAACUCAAGGAGGGAGUGUCAUUACCAUUCCCUAAAACUCUUCAAGAAGUGAAGGUGCCAGUUCUAGGAAACAGACAGUGUAACUGUCUCAACGGAGUCGGUACAAUCACAGACAACAUGAUCUGUGCUGGUGUUCUGGCAGGAGGCAAAGACUCAUGUCAGGGUGACUCAGGAGGUCCAAUGGUGAACCAGCAGGGCUCUGUCUGGGUCCAGUCUGGAAUUGUCAGUUUUGGUUUUGGCUGUGCUCGGCCCAAUCUGCCGGGAGUCUACACCAGAGUGUCCAGGUACCAGUCCUGGAUCAACUCCCUCAUCGGCUCUGAUAAGCCAGGCUUUGUCCAGGUCACCUCCAGGGGGCUGGAUGCUGACAGCAGCUACACCUGUCCUGGUCUGCCAGCUGCCCCAACAACUUCACCAAUGACAGGACCAAGUACUGCUUUCCAAAGUGUAAACAGUCCUGCAAGGGGAUCAGGACGGCUCUCUGCUGUGUAAGUCAGACUCAUCUUAAGGAGGCCGUUGUAACAAUGAGUGGAAGUAAAUCAGGCCGCGCUGAUGUUCAGGUCUUUGCAAAAGCUUCAAGAUACGGGUCCUUCUUAAAGGAGAAAGUUAGCGACAUGCCAUCUCCUGCCGCAGCUGCAACAGGAAAUGCAGCAGGUUUCUCAAUUUCCUUAUUUCUCUCUUUUGUUGUCCCUAUUACCUCACUGUUUCUGUUGUCAGGGUGUUAGGUCUG